UUGAAUGAAUCAAGGAUUUUGCGCCAAAAUGGAAAUAUCUUAUGGCUGGGCAUCAGUUGAUCUCCACCACAGAAAUCCAAAUAAAGGGCAGUGUGCAACCCCACCAAAGUUGUCAAAUUUAUUGUUGCUAUUUAUUUGCUUAUGUUCCAGUCUUCUACAAUUCACUGACUACUUUACCUUUCGUGGCUUUUUGAUUCACACCAAACAAAUGACCUUGUGUUCAAGAAAGCAAGUCUGGAAGGAAAUAGAGAAGCCUAUGGAAGUAGAACGCAAGAUUGUAUCACUCGAAGCUUUGUAUAUAGUAUAUGACGCAGACGGGACAGUUGCGGGAGAGCUACUCUACCUGCUUCGAAAGUGGUUAGGAAAAGGUCACUGUGCUGCUUGUGAUAUUACCCACGGUCCAAGAAAAGUAAAACCGGAGUGGACAAUACUCCAAAAGACAGGUUGGCUAGGUGUUCCCCUUUUCAAUAUUCAUAGAGAUGAAAUGGAACCAAAGCUAAGAUCCGCCGUUAGCUGUGCGUUGCCCUGUGUCGCAGCUUUGGUCGACAACGGCGACUACGUGUUAUUGCUUCAACCAGAAGACUUAGAAAGUUGCAAAGGACAAGUCUCCAAGUUACAAGAAAAAAUUGUCGAAGCUCUGAAAGACUUCGGUUUCCAGGUGAACGAGUCCUUUACAAGUGUGGUCACAAGUGACCUAUCCGAUACUUGCCCCUCAACCUUGGAUAGAGAAAAAGAAGAGGAUGAUGCCGUUGUCCCCUUUUAGUUUUUCAAGCGUAGUUUGUCUUAGUUAUUUAAUUCUUCAAGUUUGUGUAGGUUCUCACACCGUUUGUGAGUUUUUGGCAUCGAAAGAAAAUGUACAGACGUAAUUUUGAAUUUUAGCGACCAAUAAAGUCCGUUUGUGGAAUGAUGAGCGAUCACCGGCUGGAUCAGAAUCUUUUUGUUAACAGUAAAAUGAUUCGGAGUCAC